AUGCUCCUGGCUCUGAGCAGGGGCGGGCAGGACUGCUUCCGCCUCCAGCCUCCUCCCCUAGGCUGCACCCCGCCUCACCUAGCCAGGCUGGACCCCACCCCUCUCACCUGCCUGGGCUGGGCUGGGCUGCCACGGCCGCACCGGCAGCAGCUGGUAGAGCUCGGCCACGCAGGACAAGUGCCAGUCAGUCCGGUCCAGCCCGCGCCCAGUUCGGGGCGCUUCCAGAGAAAAGGGAUGAGUUUUAUGGCUGAGCCUCGACCCCCGGGGAAGCCUGCGGCGCUACAGACGAUGUCACUUGUUGUUGAACUGAAUGUGGGGGGCGAACUGUACACCACCACUGUGGGCACCCUGAAAAAAUUCCCAGGCUCCAAGCUGGCAGAAAUGUUCAACACAGCCAAGCCUCCUCGGCCUGACUCCCAAGGCAGAAUCUUCAUUGAUCGACCAGGCACCCAUUUUCGGCCCAUCCUAGAAUAUCUCCGCAGUGGGCAGCUGCCUACACAGAGCAUCCCAGAGGUAUAUAGAGAAGCCCAGUAUUAUGAGAUCCAACCCCUGGUUAAGCUCCUAGAGGAGACACCCCAGAUCUUUGGUGAGCAGGUAGCCAGGAAGCAGUUCUUGCUCCGAGUACCAGGAUACAAUGAGAACCUUGAGCUCAUGAUCCGGAUUGCCAGAGCAGAGGCUGUGGCAGCUCGAUGUUCUGGUGUAAUGGUAUGUGCAGUGCGGACCGAGGAGGAUGCCGCUCGCUGCCUUGAUACCUUACAGACUCUGGAGACAGACAAGAGAUCAGUGGUCAAGUUCGGGCCCUGGAAGGCAUCGCCAGCCAUCACUGACUUGUUGGAUUGUGUCAAAAUGGACAUUGAAGCUCAGGGGUACUGUGUUUCUUACCAGCCCUGUGUGACUGAGAAGGGAUUCCGAAUCAAGUCCUCUGAUUACUUUUAUAAAUUCACUUUCACCUGGUGGUGACCCCUCAGUGGUCUAAGGAUUGAUACUUUUGACUAGAGAUGGGUGCUUAUAGAAAAAGAAAGUGUUAAAACAUUUAAGUGAAAUAAAUUAAAUAAAAACUAUAGCAUAAACAUUCUGAAUUUUUUCAUGACAAAGAGGAGACAAUGUAGUUGGUAGUCAGCACUAGAGAAGUAGGAAAAGUAGGUGAGUAGGCCUGGGCCCUCUUUCUGAUUUUGUCUGUA